AUGUCUGGGGAUAGGUUUAAUUUUGAUGAGACUGGAGAUACUUUCUAUUGCUUUACAAUAGCCAUAUUUACAGUUAUCUUAUUACCAGCUACCUAUUUUUUAUGGCCUAAAUGUGAAUCCAAGCUUCCAUACGAUGUUAUAAAGAAGCGUUGCCAAUGUGCUGCUUGCCAAGCGAAGCGUUCGAAUUUACGAUCAGGUUCUAAAAACAAGCUGUUGAAACGGGGAGCAGUAAAAAUUGCCAUAAUUAUUGCUUGGGCGUUUCUUAUUGCUCUCUGUUUCAAGUUAUCCAAAUUUGAAGUUUCUACGCCCAGUUUUGAUCCUUUUCUUGAGCUUGAAAUUGAUCAGCAUGCUACUAAAUUAGAAAUUAAAAAAGCUUACAAGAGGCUAUCUCUUAUUCAUCAUCCUGACAGGGGUGGAGAUGAACAGAAAUUCAUUCAGAUUCACAAGGCAUACAUUACUCUUACCGAUGAAGUAGCGCACAGAAAUUGGCAGGAGUACGGGAACUCGGAUGGACCUGGUGCUAUCAAUUUUGGCAUGGCUCUUCCAAAAUGGGUGAUCAAAAAAGAGAAUACAGUGAUUGUCGUUGGUGUAUAUGCCUUGGUAUUCCUCCUUAUGUUACCCAUUGUCGUAGGUUGGUGGUGGUCGAACUCCAAAAAAUAUAGCAGCACUCAGGUUUUGCUGAUUACUAUUCGACUCUAUUGUGGAAGCUUUAUGUACAACCCAUUCAUGGCUGUUCCUCGUAUUAUUAAGCUGCUUUCCUCAUCAUACGAAUUUAACAGUCAAUUCAAUAAGAACAUUGUUUGCCGGCCUAGUGACAAUAUCGAACUACCUCCACUAAUUAGCCAAAUACCGAUGUUUACCAUCUUCAAACGAGCCAUCGUGGGAGCUCCCUAUGCAAUCAAGGCCCGCGCUCUUAUCUACGCGCACAUGCUUCGUCUCGAGCUACCUCCAAAGUCUCUCUUCCUCGACCAGCAGUAUAUAAUUGCCCAAUGUCCUCGACUCCUUGAGGAGAUGAUCAACAGCCUCCUUAUUGUCUUAUCUAUGGCUUCAGAGGAUCGUGCUGGAAAGAAGAAGAUCCCACAGAUUCUGGCCAGUAUGGAAAAUUGCAUGCACAUCACCUCCCUCCUAGUACAGGCACUUUCGCCCACCUCCUCUGUGACACCACUUCUCCAGCUGCCCCACAUCGGUCCCACCCAACUGCGUCAGAUCACUCAUGCCCAGCGCAACCUAAAGACGGCCCGCCAACUAGUCGCUCUGCCUGAGGCACGCCGACGAGCAGCUCUUGCCUGUCUCUCUGAUGAGCAGUACCGAGACGUAAUUAAUGUUCUCUCCGGAAUGCCUAAUCUCACCAUCUCCUGUUCAUGUGCUGUCCUUGACGAAGACGACUCUUCCAUUUGGCCGUUGUCUAUGGUCACUGUGAACGUCAAAAUCACCCGAAGACCACUGCUCAGUCGAUUAGCUCCGAAUGCGACUUCUAAUGCUGCUGGUGGUGUGGUUGAUGCGUCGACAGACUUGAGAUGCACGGAUAGAGACGCGUCGUGGUAUCUCUCUGGUGUAGGUGCUGGUACAGCAGCCUCUGGAUUUGAUGAUCUCAGAUUCAACGGAGAUAUUCAGCAAGAUAUUGAAGAUGGUUUGGAGGCUGAGGAGGACUUCUUCGAGAGUGGUGGUGGUGCAAAUGGUGGAAAGAGCAAGCCCGUGGUGCCUGUGUGGGACAAGUCCCGUCAACGUGGUUGUAAAGGUGGGAAGGGCGGGAAAGGAGUCAAAGGCAAGGGUCGUUAUAGCCAACAUCAAAGGGGUGGAAAAGUACAAAAGCAGCAAGUUCCUACUGCUGCUGCGCCUAAAACUGCUAGCAUCGUUCCUCCCAUUGAGGAAGAUAUUGCUAAUGAUACAAAUGUUUCUCCACCUGUUCCAAAUGGUGAUACUCCAAUUCUUGAUCAGCCACCUCAAGAAAUCACGGCAACACCUGAACAGAGUGAAGACAAAACAACGACAGAAAAGGGCGGGCUCACAUAUGAUCUAGACGGCACUGAAGAAAAAAUUGCUGCUGUUGAGGCGGAAGCUAGACGGCGCGAGAUGAAUCGAGCUUUGGAAGUUAAGCCUCACUGUAGCCAUCUGGUUCACUGUCCACUCUUUCCACAGAAAAAAUAUGAAGGUUGGUGGAUCUAUUUAGUCGAUCGUAAAAUAAAACAACUCGUGACAAAACCAGUUUAUAUCAAUUCACUAGAAACUGAAGAAGAGCUCAUUCUUAAGUUUGUGGCUCCACCUUCUCCAGGAAGCUAUCUCUAUACCCUUUGUGUUCGUUCUGACAGCUAUGUGGACGCUGACUUCUUCGAGAAUCUUCCUUUCACGGUGAUGUCACUUCCAGAUCAUGUUUUAAAGAGCAUAAAGGAGGCUGAAGCGCGACAUCUUGAAGGUGGCUUUUCUUCAUCAUCCGAAGACGAUGACGAUGUUGAAAGUGAGGAUGAAGAAGACGAGGACUUCCGGGAUGGAGGGGAUAGUGAAGGGGAUGGCGCAUAUUUGACAUAG